ACCAAGAUGGCUGCGAAGAGGGCGGAAGUUCCCGCACUUCGGGCCUCUCUUUCUCCCUUGGAGGCCGGCUCUCUAUGGUGGCGUGGCGGGGGCGGGGGGGGCGGCGUGUUCUCCCCGCUUGAAGGGACGGGGCUAGCAGGCGCAAGCCAGGAAGGGGUUCGGCCUGGGGGUGGGGGGCAGGGGGUUGACAUGUCUCUCGAAGACCCUUUUUUUGUAGUCCGAGGCGAGGUGCAGAAAGCGGUGAACACGGCCCGCGGGCUGCACCAGCGUUGGCGCGAGCUCCUGCACGAGGACGCGGCGGCCGGGCGCGAGGAGCUGGACUGGACGACCAACGAGCUGCGGAACGGGCUGCGCAGCGUUGAGUGGGACCUGGAGGACCUGGAAGAGACCAUCGGCAUAGUGGAAGCCAACCCAAGCAAGUUCAACCUCCCAGCCGGGGACCUGCAGGAGAGAAAGGUGUUCGUGGAGCGCAUGCGGGAGGCUGUGCAGGAGAUGAAGGAUCACAUGGUCAGCCCAGCAGCGGUGGCCUUCAUGGAGAGGAAUAGCAGAGAGAUACUGGCAGACAGGCCAGCAGCCCAGAAGUCACCCAGUGACCUACUGGAUGCCAGCCUGGUAUCGGCCACCUCUCGAUACACUGAGGAGCAGCAAGCCACCCAGCAGCUGAUCAUGGACCAACAGGACCAACAGCUGGAAAUGGUGUCUGGAAGCAUCCGGGUUCUGAAACACAUGUCUGGCUGUGUCAGGGAGGAGCUGGACGAGCAGGGCGUAAUGCUAGACGCCUUUGCUCGUGAGAUGGACCACACCCAAUCCCGAAUGGACAGGGUCCUUAGGAAGAUGGUCAAAGUGUCACACAUGACCAGCGACCGGCGACAGUGGUGUGCCAUUGUGGUGCUUCUAGGAGUGGCUCUCCUGGUUCUUAUUCUACUCUUCUCGCUCUGAUGGGACCUCCCUAGUGCCCGCAGAGCCACCAAGUGCUGUCCACUGGCUCUGUCUCCUGGGAAAAGGGGUGGAGUCUGGAGAGCUGUCCCCAAAGCUCAGCUGACCCCCCAGGGCCCAGCCUCUGGUCCUGUCUCAAGUGUGCUGGUGGAGCAGACCGGUGAGGGUGGGGAGACCUUGGACACACUUAGCCCUGCUUCCACUUCUAGAGCCCCAAAGACAUUCGCCCCAUGGAUUCUCCAUGUGCCAACAUGGAAA